AUGCUCACAGACGUUUCAUCGGACGAACUAAGCCAGCUCAACCUUUUCGCGCAGUAUGCCGCAGCGGCAUAUUGUUCAGCCAAUAUAGGCUCCACCGGGACUGCACUCACCUGCGAUGAGGGCAUUUGUCCCGAGGUAGAGGAAGCAUCGACAACAACUCUAUAUGAGUUCGAUGAAUCUUCCACCUACGGGGAUGUCACUGGCUUCCUAGCUGUCGACACAACAAAUGAGUUGAUUGUGCUUUCGUUCCGAGGAAGCCGCGAUAUAUCCAACUGGGUUGCCAACUUAGAUUUUGUCUUCAGCAGCAGCACUCUGUGCGAUGACUGUGAAGUUCAUUCGGGAUUCUGGAAGGCGUGGGAGACUGUGGCGGACAAUUUGACGUCUUACAUCGACUCCGCUUCAGAGACCUACCCAAGCUAUCAAUUAAUAUUCACAGGCCACAGCUAUGGCGCAGCUCUUGCUGCCUUAGGCGCAACAUCACUGCGGAACAACGGGUAUACAAUAGACCUAUAUACAUAUGGCCAACCUCGUGUUGGUAACACUGCGCUGGCGACAUAUAUGACAGAUCAAGGAAGCUUGUGGCGUGUCACUCACUCUGACGAUAUCGUCCCAAGAGUUCCACCUGAAGCUUUAGGAUAUACACACGCCAGUCCGGAGUACUGGAUCACUAGUGGUACCGAUGUAACUGUCACUGCCUCAGAUAUCACGGUCCUUGAGGGUGUUGGUGAGAACAAUGGAAACUCUGGCGAGAGCGAGCUUAGUAUUUUGGCUCAUGGAUGGUAUUUUGUCUAUAUCGAUGGUUGUGCCUGA